AUGGACGUCACCCCAAUAGGCACAAUCGGUGGCGAGGGCCACUGGCUGCUUGCAAUCUCAUGGGCCACGACAGGAGCUGCCGCCUUCUUUUUCCUGUUGCGACUUUACACGCGCCUCGUGGUGAUUAAGGCGUACGGGUGGGACGACAACAUCUACAAUGCGUCGUUUAUCCUCCUCCUCGCCUGCACCAUCAUGGUCCACGUCUCAGUGCUCUACGGCCUCGGGCAGAGCCAAGACGCAAUAUGGAACGACAGCCCGGACCGGCUGACAAAGUGCCUGCUGUACCUGAUCAUCGCGCAGAUCUUUGGGGUUUCGACCAUGGGCGUGGCCAAGGUGUCGCUGGGGCUGUUCCUCCUCCGGCUGGUGACCAAGCGGUGGCACCGGUGGGCCAUCUGGGCGGCCAUCGCGGCGCUGCUGGUCGACACGGGGGUGUGCGCGUUCGCGUUCGCGUUUCAGUGCACGCCGCCGGCGUUCCUGUGGGACAAGACGAUCCCGGGCGGGAGCUGCCCGCUGCCCAUCACGCCCUUCGCCGUGGCGCUGGGCACCGGCUGCGUGCUGGCCGACCUCUUCUUCGCCGUCUUCCCCUGGCUGUUCGUGUGGCAGCUCAACAAGCCGUUCCAGGAGCGGCUGCUGAUCGCGGGGUCCAUGAGCCUGGGCCUGGCCGCCGCCGCCUGCGGCGUCAAGCGCACCAUCGGGCUCGGCGGCCUGCAGAGCGCAAACUACACCCUCGACGCCAUCCCCACCUGCGCCUGGUCCAUCGCCGAGCUGGCCAUCACGCUGGUCUGCAUCGCCAUCCCCGUGUGCCUGCCGCUGUUCAGGCAGGUGCUCAAGAGCGCCGGUCUCGCGCGGUCCGAGGCCUCGACCCCGCCCGGCCCGGAGGAGAGCGGCAGCGGCCAGAGCGGCAAGAGCGGUCCCGUCUUUGCCCUUCGCACCUUUGGAGGGAGCGACAUGCCCGACGGCUCCAAGGGGUCCAAGUCCGCCAAGAGCAGCCGGCAGCGGUGCAGUCGGAUUCGGGACGACGCCGAGAGCGAGCUUUCGCUCAGGAGGAGCCCGACCGACGACGUGAGGGACCCCAGGAACCCGUCACCGCCAGGUGCUGUGGAGGGGGAUGUCGAGAGACGACUGGGGACCGGUCGAGGAUCGAGCACCGAGAGGCAAUGA